AUGGAGCCUCCUUCUAAGAAGAUGCGGACGCUCAUGGAGCAUGACAGCGAUAGCGACUCUGGCGAUGAGGCCGGUGGUGUUCUCCUCGGCAAGCAGUCCCCAGACGCUGGUUUUAAGAUCAACGAGGACUAUGCUCGUCGAUUCGAGCACAACAAGAAAAGAGAGGAAGUUGCGAGACUGGAAUCCAAGUACGGCAAAUCCUCCAGCCUUGGAAGGCGCCCAGCCGAUGAAGACUCCGACGAUUCCACUUCCGAAGAAGAGGAUGACGACGCCGAGUUGGCCACAGUGGCCCUGGAUGCUGAGAUUUCGGCAACUCUGAAUGCUAUCCGCUCCAAGGACCCCCGUGUCUACGACAAGGAUGUUACAUUUUACACCAAGUUCGACCCUGAGGCAAAUGAUGCCUCCAAGGGACCCAAGGAGAAGUCCAUGAACCUGCGUCAGUACCACACGGAGAACCUCUUGAAGGGGGUUGACCCCGCAGAGGAAGAGACAGCUCCUAGGACCUAUGCGCAAGAGCAGGCCGACUUGAAGAAUGACCUUGUCAAGGAAUUGCAUGGAGCGGCCGAUUCGGACGAAGAGAUGGGAGACGCGGAUGAGUUCUUGGUCCGCAAGCCCGGCCAGGACACAUCAUUGCCCAAGUCCGAGAUCAAGCUCGAUAUCGAGAACGCGGACAAGGACCCCGAGACUUUCCUGUCCAACUUCCUCUCGGCGCGCGCCUGGAUUCCGGCGGAUAAGCCAGAAUUACACCCAUUCGACUCCGAUGAUGAUGAUGAUGUUGAGCGCGCAGAUGCCUUGGAGGAAGCAUACAACUUCCGUUUCGAAGAUCCUAACAAGAUGAACGAGGCUAUUGUUACCCACUCUCGUGAUCUCACCAACAAGCAAUCUGUCCGCCGAGAGGAGAAGAGCUCUCGCAAGAAGAUCCGUGAUGCUGAGCGUCAACAAAAGGAAGAAGAGAAGAAGCACCGCGACACUGAGAAGAACCGUCUUCGCAAGUUGAAGACUGAGGAACUCCAGAAGAAGGUCGAGCAGAUCAAGGAAGUUGCCGGCCUCCGUGCCUCCAAAUUCACUGAUGAUGACUGGUCUCGCUUCUUGGACGGCGCUUUCGAUGGUGCCAACUGGGAGGAGGAGAUGCAAAAGCGAUUCGGCGAAGAGUACUACGACGAGGCAGAGGGCGACAAUGACGAUGACAAGAAGCACAAGCCCAAGAAGCCCACAUGGGACGACGACAUCGAUAUCAACGAUCUCAUCCCCGACUAUGAAGAUGAGACACAGCCCACAGUCGAGGACUCUGACGCCGAGGAAGAGGACGACGAAGCCACCGGCUCCAAAAAGAAGAGUAAGGCCGAGGCUAAGCGUGAACAAAAGCGAGAUGCCCGCAAGGACCGGAUGCGCAUUGAGGAUGCCGUCGAGCGCAACCUUGAUCUCGACAUCACUCUACUCCCCGGAGCCACCAAAAAGAACGCCACCAAGUUCCGUUACCGCGAAACCUCGCCGCAGAGCUUCGGCUUGACAGCCCGGGACAUUCUCAUGGCGGAUGACACUCAGCUCAACAAGUUCGCAGGUCUGAAGAAGCUGGCCUCCUUCCGCGAAGAAGAGCAGAAGCGCCGUGACCAGAAGAGACUGGGCAAGAAGGCCCGUCUCCGCGAGUGGCGCAAGGACACCUUUGGCAAUGAGGAUGGUCCCGAGUUCAAGUUUGGAGGUGAUGUUCAGCCUCGUCAACCUGAGGAGACUGGGGAGGACAAGGUUGAUAUCCGAGAGGGUGAUGGCACAAGGAAGAAGAGAAAGAGAUCUAAGAAGCACUAA